CCUCACAGUUUUUCCUCUUUUUAGAAUGGUUUGUUACUGCUUCUCUUGGCAUUGUCUAUCCUCGUGAGCUAAUCAGCCCGUAUCAGAAAGGCAUCACCGACGACGACAACGUUUCCUGCCUUCUUUCCACCGAGUUUCUCGUUUUUUCUGGAAGAACGGAAGUGAUUGGUGUAUAAGAAGGUACAUUUUAAGAGAUUGAUCGAGAUGACGGAGAGGAGUGAGAACGAUGAUGCUGACAGGAAGAUCACCAUUGGCGUUUGCGUUAUGGAAAAGAAGGUGAAAUGCGGCCUGGAGGUUUUCUCGGCGCCAAUGGGGCAAAUUUUGGAAAGGUUGCAAGCUUUUGGUGAAUUUGAGAUCAUCCAUUUCGGGGACAGAGUUAUCCUAGAGGAACCAGUAGAGAGGUGGCCAAUUUGUGAUUGUUUGAUUGCUUUCCAUUCUUCUGGGUAUCCGCUUGAAAAAGCUGAAGCUUAUGCUGCAUUAAGGAAGCCUUUCCUUGUUAAUGAACUUGAACAACAGCAUCUUCUUCAUGACAGGAGGAAAGUAUAUGAGUGUCUUGAAUCAUAUGGAAUUCCUGUUCCUCGAUAUGCACUUGUAAAUAGAGAAAAACCAUAUCAAGAUUUGGAUUAUUUUGUUGAGGAAGAAGAUUUUGUUGAGGUUCAUGGACAGAGAUUUGGGAAGCCUUUUGUAGAGAAGCCCAUACAUGGUGACGAUCAUCGUAUAAUGAUUUACUACCCCAGUUCAGCAGGAGGUGGCAUGAAAGAAUUGUUCCGAAAGGUUGGAAAUAGAUCAAGUGAGUUUCAUUCAGAGGUUAGAAGAGUGAGGCGUGAGAGUUCUUACAUAUAUGAAGAAUUUAUGCCAACUGGAGGAACAGAUGUUAAGGUGUAUACAGUUGGUCCAGAAUAUGCACAUGCUGAAGCCAGGAAAUCUCCUGUUGUUGAUGGUGUUGUUAUGAGAAACCCUGAUGGAAAAGAAGUUAGGUAUCCUGUGUUGCUUACACCAAAUGAGAAGCAAAUGGCAAGAGAAGUCUGCAUUGCAUUUAGACAAGGGGUGUGCGGUUUUGAUCUCUUACGAUGCGAAGGUCGUUCAUAUGUUUGUGAUGUGAACGGGUGGAGCUUUGUCAAGAACUCAUACAAAUAUUAUGAUGAUGCUGCUUGUGUGUUGAGAAAGAUGUUUCUAGAUGCAAAAGCUCCCCAUCUUUCAACAGCAAUUCCACCAAUUCUUCCAUGGAAAGUCAACGAGCCAGCUCAGCCUUCUGAAGGACUAACACGUCAAGGGAGUGGAAUCAUUGGCUCAUUUGGUCAAGCUGAAGAGCUUCGUUGUGUAAUUGCCAUUGUUCGUCAUGGUGAUAGGACUCCAAAGCAAAAGGUGAAGUUGAAGGUCACUGAGGAAAAGUUGUUGAAUAUAAUGCUAAAAUACAAUGGGGGAAGACCUAGAGCUGAGACAAAACUCAAAAGUGCAGUCCAGUUGCAGGACUUGUUAGAUGCUACACGUAUACUGGUACCUCACACCAGUGACAGUGAAGCAGAAUACAUCGAACACGCAGAAAAACUGCGUCAAGUUAAAGCAGUUCUGGAAGAGGGUGGCCAUUUCUCUGGUAUUUAUAGAAAAGUACAACUGAAGCCACUUAAAUGGGUUAAAGUAUUAAAAGGGGACACUGAAGAGGAACGCCCAAUUGAAGCAUUAAUGGUUCUUAAAUACGGAGGUGUUUUAACACAUGCUGGCCGAAAACAGGCUGAAGAACUUGGUAGAUAUUUUCGAAACAACAUGUAUCCAGGUGAAGGCACAGGACUACUUCGCCUCCACAGUACAUACCGACAUGAUCUCAAAAUUUACAGCUCAGAUGAAGGCCGUGUGCAGAUGUCAGCUGCUGCAUUUGCCAAGGGGCUUCUAGACUUGGAAGGACAAUUAACACCAAUCCUGGUUUCACUUGUUAGCAAGGACUCUUCCAUGUUAGAUGGACUCGAUAAUGCAAGCAUCAAGAUGGAAGAAGCCAAAGCUCGAUUAAAGGAGUUGAUAACCUCUCGAGCAAAACUAGUUCAAACUAACGGAUCAUCAAAAAAACCAUGGAUGAUCGAUGGAGCUGGAAUUCCUCCAAAUGCUUCUGAACUUCUACCUAAACUGGUGAAACUGACGAAAAAGGUAACUGAACAAGUGAGACUACUUGCAAAAGAUGAAGAUGAAAAGCUUACAGAAACAACUUCAUACGAUGUGAUUCCUCCAUAUGAUCAAGCAAAAGCACUUGGGAAAACAAAUAUAGAUGUCGAUCGUAUUGCUGCUGGAUUACCCUGUGGGAGUGAAGGCUUUCUUCUAAUGUAUGCACGAUGGAGGAAACUUGAAAGAGACUUGUAUAAUGAACGCAAAGAACGAUAUGAUAUAACACAAAUUCCAGAUGUUUAUGACUCAUGCAAGUAUGAUCUCUUACACAAUGCACAUCUUAAUAUAGAAGGAUUAGAUGAGCUAUUCAAAGUCGCCCAGUUAUUAGCAGAUGGUGUUAUUCCUAAUGAGUAUGGCAUCAAUCCAAAGCAAAAGUUGAAGAUAGGCUCAAAGAUUGCACGUCGUUUAUUGGGGAAAAUAUUGAUUGAUUUGAGGAAUACGCGAGAAGAAGCGAUUAAUGUUGCGGAUUUGAAAAGUCAGUGUCAAAACACAUCUUCUAUUGCGGUUGUUAAAGAACAUAGAGAUCAUCGCCAAAAGAAUGAAGAUUCAAGAAGGACAGGCGAAAAGUCAAAGGAUCCGGAUGAUGAUGAAGACAAAGAAAUUAAAUAUCGGUUGGAUCCAAAAUAUGCUAAUGUUCGGACACCGGAAAGACACGUCCGAACUCGCCUUUACUUUACAUCGGAAUCUCAUAUUCAUUCCUUGAUGAAUGUUCUUCGUUACUGUAACUUGGAUGGAUCUCUUAAAGGGGAAGCUAGCCUUGUUUGUGAUAGUGCUUUGGAACGUCUAUUGAAAACCAAGGAACUUGACUACAUGAGCUAUAUUGUCUUGAGGAUGUUUGAGAAUACAGAUGUGAAUUUGGAAGAUCCAAAGAGGUAUCGUAUAGAGAUGACUUUUAGCCGUGGUGCUGACUUGUCGCCCUUAGAGAAAAACGACCUUGAGGCAUCUUCAUUACAUCAAGAGCACACAUUACCAAUAAUGGGGCCGGAAAGGCUACAAGAAGUGGGGUCAUAUCUGACCUUAGAAAAAAUGGAAAAAAUGAUUCGGCCAUUUGCUAUGCCAGCAGAAGAUUUCCCCCCACCAACAAUCCCACAAGGAUUCUCCGGUUACUUUAAAAGUACAGGAGUUUUAGAGCGACUGGUAAAUCUUUGGCCCUUCCAUAAACAUGGAUAUUCUCACCUCAAAUAAACACUCUCUUUUUUUACCACACAUUUUUUACGGGUGUUUGAUUCGAUAUAAAGCAAAGAGACAAUUCUGAAAGUGUUAUCGUUGUGUAGGGAGAUCGAAAUUGUUCGAUGGUACAUGCAACUACUACUACUACUACUACUAGUCAUAGCUUUUUGUCCGUCUCCCGAGAUUCCUUUGUAUAAAAUAACUACAUUGCCAUUGGUAAGAAAAUUUUUAUAUACAAAAAAUAAAAAUCAACUUUGGUUUGGUGUUC